AAUAUAAGAUAGACGAAGAUAAAGAGAGAUAUAAAGAAAACAGAGAGUAAAAGAGUAUCAUCUUCUUUGUCAUCUUCUCCUGCCUUUUUUCUACUUCAUCACCAUGAACUCAAGUUUGAAUCGGAAGGAUAUUGAGGAUUUUUGGAGACGUUCCAAUUCAAUAUGUGAUCAGGACUCUCCAUCAGAUCCAGAAAGUUUACAAGUUCAAGUCAGAAGGAUGAGUCUAGCGGACUUUACAGGAUUGGCGCCACAGCAGAAACUUACAGAUAUUGAGACACCUUCGUGGAAACCAUCAGUAUCCCAGGGAUCACUUCUGAAUUCUUUUUCAACUCGUCGCCGUUCCGUUCUGUCAACUGACAUACUUGACUCCCCAUCAAGGCGACUAACGCCAAGAAUCGAAGAAGAAAUGGAUGUGCAAAUGGCUAUUUCCAGGCUGCGAUCCAUUGAAAACAAGACAACAUCAAUAAAACCUUGCGAAUCAAUGUCAAAUCCAGAAGAUGUUGCAACUGAGAAAAAUAAUGCAAUUGAUGCAAUUCAUCAUAUUCAAGUAUCCGCUCGUCAGUUGAAUCAACUUCCCCACUACUCAGAAUCAUGCCCCACAGUGCGGACUCUUCUGUCUGAAAUUGUUGCUGCAUCACAUACAUUGUCUUUAUCUAUUCAUCAAUUAAAGUCCAGUAGUUUGGUCUAUAAUGCUGAACUUCUUGGUAAUGAGCUUCCACAGGUGUUUUCAUCACUGAUCUCGUUUGUAUCAAAACUUGAUGCUUCUGCAAUGUCAGCCAAUAUUUCGACACCUUCUCGUAAGCCAAGUUUAAUCUCGACCUCUUACUCUCAAUUGCUCGCCAAUCUCAAUGUACUCAAUCGUGCAAUUUCUUCAUCUGUUUAAACUCCUCUUCUUAUUUUUUACAUUUUUUCGAAUAAUCAUCCAGUUAUGUUUGAAUAUUACUAAUGAAUAAAUGAGAACGAGAG